UAUAACAUUGUUAAAUUUGAAUCCAGUUUGUAACAGUUGAGGUUACGUAUGAAUUUAAGCACGUGUACAUACUAAAUUAUACGAAGAUUAUUAAUAGAGAACGUGAAAAUGGACGCUUAUGAAGUUUUCCAAAAACUUUCUGCCGGUGUGAAAUUUGACAAAAAACGUUUUCUUACUGAUGCGCAAAGAUUUCAGCUUGUUAAAAAGCAAUCCGAAAAUGCAUCGAAACACGAAGAAGAAUCUGUUGGAACACUCAAUAGCAGAAAUUGUUCAGUGUUGUCGAUGAAAAGAAAGCAUGAUAAAGUUGAUGAUGAGUCCAAAAAUGUUGGUCAGUUAAUUCUACUUAAUGGAUUAUCUGUUCCGAAAGAUGGGAGUAAAACAAAGUUUAAGAAGCAUAAAGAGUCUGUAGAUGUAGACAAGCAAUUAAAGUUAGAACAGGAAAAGAUUAAUCAAUUUCGUAAUCAACAACAAAUCAGCAUUACAGGCACUCGUGUACCUAAGCCUAUAUCGAUAUUCUCAGAAUUGUCUGAAGAUUAUGGUGUUUCUGAAUACUUAAUAAAUAAUGUCAUGAAUUGCGGCUAUGUACAUCCUACACCUAUUCAAAUGCAAGCUAUGCCCAUUAUGUUGCAAGGUCGACAGAUAUUAGCUUGUGCACCAACAGGAUCUGGGAAAACAGCUGCAUUUUUGUUACCUAUAAUCCAUCAGUUAGGUGCUCCGCAAAGAAAAGGAUUCAGAGCUAUUAUAUUAAGUCCUACCAGAGAACUAGCUAAACAAACACAUAGAGAGUGUGUAAGACUUAGUGAAGGUUUUAAUUUUAGGAUACAUAUCAUAAGUAAAAUUGGACAAGCAUUGGACAAAUAUGGGCCAAAAAGUUCCCAAAAAUUUGAUAUACUAAUUACUACACCAAGAAGAAUAAUAUUUCUUUUAAAUCAAGAUCCACCAGCUAUAUCUUUAAGCAACAUUGAAUGGCUGAUCGUAGAUGAGGCAGAUAAACUUUUUGAAGAUGGAACACGAUGCUUCAGGGAUCAAUUGGAAGAAAUAUCAAAGGCAUGUACGAAUGAGAAUUUAUGUACUGCAAUGUUUAGCGCCACUAAUACUCCCGUUGUAUCAAAAUGGUGUCGCCGUAAUUUGAAAGGCCUCGUAACAGUUACUGUUGGUCACAGAAAUGCUGCAACUGACUUAGUGGAACAGGAACUUUUGUUUGUUGGAACGGAAAGUGGAAAACUCGUAGCGCUUAGAGGUAUUAUUCAGAAGGGAGUAUUACCACCUGUAUUAGUAUUUGUGCAAAGUAAAGAGAGGGCUCAAGAAUUAUUUAACGAACUUAUAUAUGACGGAAUUAACGUGGAUGUUAUUCAUGCUGACAGAUCGCAGACACAGAGAGAUAAUGUUGUUCGUUGCUUCAGAGAAGGAAAGAUCUGGGUUUUAAUAUGUACAGAAUUAAUGGCAAGAGGUAUUGACUUUAAAGGUGUCAAUCUGGUUAUUAAUUAUGAUUUUCCACCAUCUGCUAUCUCUUACGUUCAUAGAAUUGGCCGUACUGGCAGAGCUGGGCAUAAAGGAAAAGCAAUUACCUUUUUCACCGAACAGGAUACUCCAAAUUUAAGAAGUAUAGCUGCUAUAAUGCGAGAAUCUGGGUGCAAUGUUCCUGAUUAUAUGCUGAGUAUGAAGAAACAUACUAAAAGAGAAAAACGGAAACUCGAACACAGCGCUCCUCCUAGAGAAAAAAUAUCUACCAUACCAAAGUUCAAGCGUAUAUAUAAUAAGGGGAAAUCAAGCAAAUAUGUUGAAAGUGUUUGUGAGAAAAAGGAAAAGGACGAUAUAGCAGAUAAAGGAGAUAAAAGUUGGAAGAAAAAUAAAAAAAGUACGAAAAAUAAACAGAAUCCAAACGAAAGUAAAAAAGAUAGACAAAUCAAGAAACAUACUUUAUCCGUUGGAAAGAAAACCGUACACAAUUGCAGGCAACCAGAAUUGAACAAGAGAAAUGAAAUGCGUAAGUAG